AUGAUGGAGGAGGAGGAGGAGAUGCAGAGUGAUCAAGUUGCAUUCACUUUGAUUGAUAAAUUAUGCAUUGCUACUAUACUGGAGAUCCUAAAAGACUGGUCAUCUUGGUUUCAAGAUUGUCGAAACCUAGAAGUCUUUGCCAAGUUUCCAGCUGGAAAUGGGGGGACAAUUGAACUGAUCUACACACAAUUUUAUGCUCUUACAACGCUGGUUCCUGCACGUGACUUCUGGACAUUAAGAUAUACUUCAACUUUCGAGGAUGGCAGCAUUGUGGUAUGUGAGAAAUCAAUCUCUGAUUAUGGUACUGGUCCAAACCCAUUUGUUGCUUCACAAUUAACAAGAGCCAAGAUGCUGGCCAGUGGCUAUUUUGUUCGGCCUUUUGAGGGGGGAGGGUCAACCAUUCACAUUGUUGAUCAUCUGGAUCUUGAGGCAUUGACUGCUCCUGAGGAGCUUCGGCCUCUUUAUGAAUCAUCCAAACUUGUCGCACAGAAGAUGACAGUUGCUGCACUGCAUUACAUUAGGAGAAUAGCUCGAG